AUGGGAAAAGGCUACGGAUCUUCAGCAAGCAGUGCAGCUGAAGGAAGUGGAAGUGCACCAAGCUAUAUGCCUCCAAAGCCGAAGAAGAAGCCCGAACGACCAGUGGUGGAAGGAAGAGAUUACAUUCCCUUGGAAGGAGGAGAACCAGACGGGCCAGUGGAGAUCGGGAGUCCUAGUUCCUCUAGCCCCGAAACUACAAUGGUGUACCAAGAGGCACCACCUACACCAAGAAGGGAGCCGAGAACACUUUCGUCUGGGCACAUCGCCUUGGAGCUGCAAGAGCAGCAAGUGUCUGCUGAGCAACGCAGGCGUAGGCAGCUGGAGAGACUCUCUGCACUCUCAGCGGAAGCUGAAAGGAUCCAACGGCGAGCAAGGGAGCGAGCCUUGCAGGAGCCAGUUCGGUUUCCAAAGUCAGGAGGGCCACCGCCACCACCAGCGGGCCCAGAACCAGAGCAAGCUCCAGAGUGUCCACCGCCAGGACAAGAACGAGCUCCAGAGUGUCCACCUCCGGACCCAAUGCCGUGUGGUACGAAACUUCCUCUUCACACGCUGGACGGGGAACCCAGCAACGCAGCAGUGGCGGAACACAUCCGCCGGAAUGAGGAAGAGUAUGCUGCAAGACGUGCCGGUGCAAUUCCUUCAGGAGACGAAGCAAGAGCCAGGGAAUCCAAGGAAUUUGCUCGUACGGCCAGCGAAGCCAAAGCAGUGGAACAGCGAGUUCCAGCCGAGACACGGGGCCUGGGACCCUACAACCCAGGACGGGGCCUGGGACCCUACAACCCAGGACGGGGCCUGGGACCCUACAACCCAGGAUGGAAGAUGCGAGAGCUGAACCAGGGAGCAGUUCCAGAGGACCACCUCCGAAGGAACGACCUGCUGGAAGCAAGGCGCCACCUCCAGAGCCAAAGGGACCACCACCGAAGCGAGUGGGAGCAACGCAAGCCACUACGCUCUACCCGAAUUCUCCUUGGAGGAGAGCAGAAAGGAGGAGAAUGCGAGAAAGGGGCGAGGAGCCAAACCCUGGAAAUGAGGAAGAUGAAUGGGGAGAUUGGUCAGGACGAUGAGGAGAAAGCAGAGAUCGACUACCAGGAGGAGAAAACAGAGAUCGACUACCAGGAGGAAUCAAAAUUCUAUGGCCUAUGUACAAACAAGAGCCUCUACUCCGACAAGACUAUGAAUGGAACAAGAGAUCCAUUGGUGAUGUGGAUUUGGACCAGCAUUCCAGGAGCAAAGAACCUCUACGACCCCAAGACUAUGCAAUUCGAUUACAAUGGAGCAAUGGCAAUGAUGCUUAUGCUUGGAGUAUCAGGUGCGAUCAUGUUGUUGGAGCAACAAGCAAGCAGUUCGGAUGAUCUGAACCGAAGGAUUGAAAGUGCGACAAAGGCGAUCAAGGCACCAGAUGUUUGGAACCCACAAGCCUCGGGAGAACAUCCACCGGAUUUUACAACCUGGAAACAUCAGUUUCUGAAUUGGCUAGGUUUUGCCGAUUCGCAGUACUCAGAAGCUCUAAGUAUGAUUGAAAGUCUGGGAGCAACGCCGAUCGAUGUUUCGACUCUCACUACAGUGGAGAGAGAACUUUCGACAAAGCUUUACCACAUACUGACUUCGUAUAUGCGGGGGGCAGCAACGCAACUGUCUCGAAAUUGGAGCAGGGAGCGAUGUGGGUAUCGUCUCUAUCAAAGUUUGCUUUGGGAAUACCAACCAGCCACCAAACAACGAGCUCUAACCCUCAGUCAAGCGAUUGGGAUGUUUCCCAACUUCGAUGGGGGCAAGAGCAUGGUGGAGCAGAUUGGUUCACUGGAAAACCUUGUUCGGGAGUACGAGAUCGCUUCAGGAAAGACCUACGAUCGAGAUUUGUUGAUGGGAGUUUUGCUUCGAUGUUCACCGAGGGCGAUUCGAGACCACCUUACUUUGACAAUGCCCGAAGGAACAAACUACAUGUCAGUGAAGCAAGCGAUUCUUUCAUACGAGCAAAGCAGCAAAACUUGGGAUUACCAGACGGUGUUGAAGCAAAAGACCUUGCAGAACACAGCGAGCAGUUCGAAUGCAGAUCAAGGACCAGCACCAAUGGAAGUGGAUGCAGUGUACGAGAAAGGAGGAGGAAAAGGAAACAAAGGCAACAAAGGAAACAAAGGAGGAAAAGGAUCCUACUCGUGGUCAAGCUUUGGAGCAGGAUUUCGCCAAUGGAGAAAAGGUGGACGAAAAGGAAGCUACAAAGGAGGAAAGAAAGGACGAGGCAAAGGUUUCCACAAAGGAGGAAAGAAAGGCGGAAAGAAAGGUGGAAAGCAUGGCAAAGGAGGAAAGAAAGGUGGAGGAAAGAAGUUGGACAGAGAUGUUUGCCGAUUCUGCAAGCAGCGAGGACAUUGGGGAAACGAGUGUCCAAACCGCAAUGUUCGAGAAGUGCAGGCGAGCGAGGCCAGCACCGAGGUACCACACUCGACAGUCGAGUCUGUUACUCCGUCGCAGAGUGCGAGCCAAUACAGGAUAAGGAGAGUGAGGAACAUUGAUUUCCAUCACAUUGCGAACACACCACCUGACGGCACAGAGCACUAUGAGCUUAGCGAAGUUUCAGAAGAAGAAGGUGAUUGGUUCACCAGAAGGAUAGAGGUGCAAGGACCAGAGUGCUACUACAUCGGGGAUGAGAGUGAGAACAAACAAGAUCAUGAGAGUGAUGAGCUGUAUCAAUGGUAUGAAAACAGCUUGGAAAGAGUUCAAGGAGGAUUGGGACCUCCAGGAGGAUUGGAACCUCUGAAUCAAGGAGGAUUGGAACCUCUGAGUCAGGGAGGAUCGGAACCUCUCAAUGUGCGAAUGGUCCAGUUGGACACAAAGCAACAUGUGGUGAUCUUGGAUUCAGGAGCAGAUGUGAGUUUGUUACCACGAAGAUUGUCGGAUGCAGGCGUCGAAGUUUCGACCCCAACCUCUCUGAGGUUGCAGGACGCACAAGGGGGUGCGAUGCGAGUUGAAGGUAUGCGGCGAGCAGUUUUGCAGUUCAGUAGCUGCAGUGUGACUGAGGACUUUGUGUUGUCGGACACCAAUAACAUCUUGCUGUCUUUAGGAAGGCUACUCAAAAAUGGAUGGAAGUUUGUGUCAGUGGGAUGCAAACAGCGCCAAGGGGGCGAGACCUGGGAAGAAACCCAGGCGGGGGAACUUGUAUCUCCCGAUGGUAAGGCACGGGUGCCUGUGGAAUACCAGAGGAAUAGCUUGAGAUUGACAGCGGAAGUUAGAGGAGUCGAGCAAGUCAGGGCAGUCAAGGUGACUUUGGCCUAUGACUUUGGUAAAGUCCCAGAGAAGGAUUGGAGCCUUCUACCGAAUGGAACGCCAGUCCAUCGCCAUUUUGGACUUGAGUUUGUGAAGCCGCCGACAGGUACUUGGAAGUACAGGACCACCAUCGUGAAGGUGGGCAACGAAUGGGAAGUGAUUGAAGCAACGGAAUUGCUCGAGCGAAAAUCCGACUUGGAAGAUCGAAUACCGGGAUUGCUUUUUCGAUCAGAAAUUCUCACAUUCUUGCACAGGACACCAGAGUAUCUGGACAAGUGCUUGGUAGAAGAGGUAGCACCAGAAGAAGCACCGAAGGAGGAAGAAAAGAAGAUGGAAGAGGAGCCAGAAUGGUUUGGAAGAGAAAGAGGAGCUCCAGAAGAGUUGCAGGUGCCAGUGCCGAAAGGAGUUGUGAAGCAGCAAGGAAAGGCAGGAGGACACCAAGAGUUGGAACUCGACAUGAGAAGUACUAUUGUGGUGAAUGGAGAGUCACUCACAGCAACGAGUGAGAUUGAGAAGCUGCGAGAAGGUUGUCGGUAUUUGGGUUUGAGCGUCUCAGGGUCAAAGGUGAAGAUGUUCAGGAGACUGUGCAACUACCUCACCGAAGACAGAGAUGAGGACGCAGAAGAAGUUGCAGACAGGCUGAGGAAGCAAAGGCCCAAAGCAAGAACAAGACCCGGAGUGCCCGAACCGACAGAAGCAGAGAUUGAAGAGCAUAUGGCAACCCACAUGCCAAUGCAACCAUGGUGUGAUUUCUGUGCAGCAGCAAAGACCAGUGAUCCAGAUGGACUUCAUGUACAUGGGUCAGAGCAGUGUGAGUCUGAUCAUUCUUGA